AUGCUCAAAGGCUUGAGAGCAGCCACAGAAGCUUAUGUGGAAGAACCCUUGACUGCUGUCGGUAUCAGCACUCCCUUCCAUGUUCCUCAUCAAGGAUGGCUCGACAAUACAUUGAGCACAUCUGUCGAGUCUUUGUGCCUAAGAUACUUUCGCACUCGCAGGGCAUCAACAAGCAUAACAGGAAUAUAUGGUCUCGAAGGACAAUGCCUCAACGACUGGAGCGCGACACCCGACGAGAGAGAGCUAGAUGAUCCACCGAAAAUGUACCUGGCCAUUGAUUACAGCAUGGCGGGUAUAACGGUGACUUUAGUAGAAGAGAAUUGUGGUAUCGCAGAAGCGUUACGAGAGUAUCGCAAUGCGAUCCUAGGGGCACGUAUCAAUUUUCCUGGCAAGCGCGAGAAUCUGGCCCGUCAGCUUGAACAUUUACUGCGCCCCAUCGAUCGAUGGUACCCUGAGGUUGGUGACUACCAAGUACCGGUAGAUAUAUCCGAGCUGGUCUUACUCGGCGAGUCCACAGAGGACGCAGUCUUGCACGAGGUACUGCUGGAUGUCUUCGGCAGCGAUUAUCAUAAUCUCAAAAAUCAAAGCGAUAAGCGGGCAAGACUACACCAUCCACUAUUCGCUGGCUCCAGGGCCGCUGCGAUGAUUUGCCAGUGGCGCUUAGAAUAUGAACUGACAUGGGAGUGGAACGAACAGUUCCAUUGGUGGGUCCCGAAAGACACUCAGCGAGAGGAGCAAAAGUGGUGGUGGCCUUUCAAGCACAGUUCAUAG